AUGGGCAUCGAAAAGAGCUUGAGUGAAACACUCACAACCACGGUCGCUGUGUCGCCGGGCAGUGACAAGAGUGUGAUCACCGACACCGACACGGACCGGGACUUUGUCAUCGACCCGGUGGUCGAGAAAAGGGCACUGCGCAAGGUUGACUACUGGCUGGUCGGGUUUUACUCGAUUGUGUACAUCUUUCGAGUCAUCGAUUCGUCCAACUACUCGAACGCGGCCAUCAUCAAUCUGGAAAACGGAACGGGCAUCAAGAAAGAACUUCAUCUGGACCCGAGUCAGUGGGCGUGGACGCUGUCCAUCUUCUCGUACAGCUACUUGAUCUUCGAACCAAGCAACACGGUUCUCCUCAAAUUCUUCCGGCCGUCGCGAUGGAUGUUCAUCCUCAUCCUCUUCUGGGGCAUCUGCGCCUGCUCUUCCGCAGCAACCCAGAGCUUCCAGGGCAUGAUGUGUGUGCGCUUCGCCAUCGGCCUGGCCGAGGCUGGCUUCUACCCUGCCGUGCUGUACCACAUGGCUUUCUUCUACAGGCCGACCGAGAUGCCAUGGCGGAUCGCCCUUUUCUACGCGUUUGGCCAGUUGUCGAGUGCACUCAGCGGCCUAUUGGCAUUUGCCAUCAGCUUCAUGGACGGACUCGGCGGCCUUGCUGGAUGGCGGUGGCUGUUCUUGCUGGAAGGCCUGCCCGCCAUUCUCUUGUCAUUCGUCGCUCUCUUCGGUCUCCCGGAUUACCCUCACACGACCAGGUUGCUCACACCGGAAGAGCGUGACACCAUCGUCCAGCGACUCUCGUCGACGGCGCCGUCUGGCAAAACAGGCAACUGGGACUGGCACGCGUUGAAGAAGCUUUUCAAAGACCCCACUGUCUACACAUUCUGUGUUUAUUGGAUCGCCCAUGGAAUCGGUGGCUUUGGAGUCGGCUAUGCGUUGCCCACCGUUAUCUACCAGCUCGGAUUCACCACGACCGCCAAAUCCCAAUUGAUGAAUAUUCCGCCCUACGUGGCAUGUUUCAUUCUUUUGAACACUCUCGGAUGGCUGAUUACCAAGAAGUGGAUCCGACCAUGGACGACUGCUGUUGCCAUCGAAAGCACCACAAUCAUCUGCUACAUCAUCCUCAUUACAGUCCACAACCCCGUGGUCAAGUACUUGGCUCUGAUUGUGGCCGUGUCGUGUGCUGGCUCAGCAUAUCCCGUCAUCUGGCCGGAGCGGAUCCGCGCCCUCGAAGGCACCGUCUCGGCCGGCAUUGGCAUCGGACUCACCAACGCCAUGGCCCAGUUCAGCGGCAUUGUCGGCCCCCACGUCUACAGCACCAUUUACGGGCCGACUUAUCGCACGUCGUAUACCGUUUGUCUGAGCCUUCUGCUGGUGUCCAUCUCCGCCAUCCUGCUGUCUUGGCUACUCGUUUGGCGAAAGGACCGCAGAAUCAAGUCGCUAGGACUGGAUGAGCUAAAGUAA